AUGGCCUUCAACUUCAACUGGUCGCCUCUCACGGCCGACGAGGACUUCUAUCAGCGCGCCCGCGAUCUCCUCACGACCGCCCUGAACAAGACGCCUAAGCCGCCAAUAAUAGUCGAUGACAUCCUCGUCACAGAGCUCAAUCUCGGCUCCGUGCCCCCGGAGCUCGAGAUCCUCGAGAUAGGCGACCUGGCAGAGGACCGAUUUCGCGGCAUCUUCAAGAUGUGCUACAGCGGUGACGCCUUCCUGACCCUCCGGACAAGAGUUCAGGCGAACCCCCUGAACACAUACUUGCAUUCGAAGCCGGACUUUACGUCUCCACAGCCCUUGGCUGCCGCAUCGGGGCUGACUAUCCCGCUGUCGCUGACCUUGUCCGACAUCAAGCUGUCGGCCUUCAUCAUUCUGGUCUUCUCGAAACAGAAGGGACUCACCAUCGUGUUUCGCAAUGACCCUCUCGAGUCGCUCAAGGUCUCCUCGACCUUCGACUCCAUCCAGUUUGUUAGGGACUACCUGCAGAAGACGAUCGAGGGGAAGCUCCGCGACCUGAUGAUGGAUGAGCUCCCUGCCAUCAUCCACCGAUUGUCACUGCGUCUGUGGUGCCCAGAUCAGAUUCCGAGAGACGAGGACGAGACUCCAGAGACCAGUGAACCUGCUGUGGAUCCCUUUGCCAGCCCUCCGCAGGAUGCCGUCGAUGCUCACGGCAACUUGUUGGACCCUAGCGAGAUCCAGAACCUGUCGCUUGACAACAGCCCGGAAAUCCAGACUCUGUUCUCACAGAAGAAUCUCAUCAGGCUUGCCUCACUCAGCGACUGCAACAGAACCAUGUCUCUGUUCACCCCGUCUCUGCGUGAUGUCGUCUUCCGUGCUUGGGCUGGCUCACAAGAGAAGCCAGAGAGUGUCACACCACCGCUGGCAACGCCUAGUUUGACCAAGGCACAUUCCUUCCAUGGCACUUCGACGACAUACACGUUCUCGGAUACCAGCAGCAUGGAACAGGGCUACAUGCCACCAUCCCGUCCUUCAAUGGUCAGCCUCAACACUGCCACCACUGGCCUUUCGCUCGGAGCCGGGCGGAAUUCAAGAUCGCACGCGGGCCGCAAGAAGAAGACCCGGGUUGUGAAUCUCAGGCGGAAGCAGUCUGAGAGUGCGCCCGUGAGUGUCGCAACGAGCGACGUCAGCGAGAGUGUCACCGACACAGCAUCUGUCGAGGGACCUCUGUCGGAGCCUCUGAUGGACACGAUCAUCCCGGAGGAACCCGAAGAUUACGUCCCAUUGACACCGACUAAGGUCCGUUUCAACGCUGGCACUGCGACCGAUUCGCCGAUACGGCCACCGUUGAAACCAGAGUUGUACAACUCAGAGCUACCGGAGAAGCAAAAGCAAGCUGAAUCAACACCACAGGUUCAGUCGCAAGGAAUUCCACAGAAUUCAACCGACGAGAAGGUGCCAUUCUCAUUCUCACCACAGAGAGGACCACCUUCAGAGACCUCUUCUGUAAUUUUGGAGCAGGCCUGGAUCAACAAGAUGGCCGGCGAGAUCGCCAGGCGCGUGUACGACGAGAAGAGGAGGAACCCGGCCUUUUGGGAAGAGCGCGAGGAUGUACCUCCGCCAGCAUACGAGGCUCAAUAA